GUUGCGGUUGUCUUAUUAGCAUUCCAGUCGCGACAAAUGAUUUGACAGCCGCGGUAUCCGAACCCUGUGCCUUCAGUGACGUCCGAAGCCGUAGAAGCAUGGUUUACGUGACCAAAACACGGUAUCGGAGAGGCGUACGUCGUGGACUGAAUCAUGCUAUCGCGUGCUCUCCGUCCGGUUUAUAAUAACGCGCAUUACACUGAUGCCUCACCCACUUGCGCAGCAUAUCUAAGGUUUGAAACACGGCCUUUCCCAUUAUUGGCUAAAGCAAUUAUAGGUGACGAUGACGCCAGACUCGAACAGGUGUGAAAGAAUAAAAACACUCGCGGCGUUUCUGCGAGAGCACGGUGAUGUCGUGCUUAACGGGACCAGAAGGCUCACGUUAACGACUUCGUGUCUGAACGAGCUGAACUACAUAUUCCGCCAGUUCUUGGGGGCCCAGGAGAACGAAUCUUUCGACGUGCCUUUCGGGUGCAGUGCCAACUCGGACUUUGUCCAUGAUGUCUUCUUUCUCCACGACUUCAUGCAGAAGACUUGCUCUCUGAAGAUUGUUCAGAGUUCCCAGACCAUACAGGGCAGCCUAGACUUGUCCAAGUUUCAUGGUCUGAAGAUUCUUGAGCUCAAACGAGUGCCACCACAUCUUCUCGUUGGUCUUGAAACCUUGGUGCUUCAAAUAGAAACAUUAAUCUGCCAGAGGAACAUCUCAUCUUUGAAGGAAAUCCUUCGAAGUCGCAACAAAGUGCCUCAGCCAUGGAUGAAAAUCAAGGUGGCCAAUUUCAGCUACAAUGGCAUCACUGCUCUGGAUGACAGUUUGGCCCUGCUUCCAAGGCUCGAGUAUCUUGACUGCAGCAACAAUGCCAUCGCCGAUGCCAAAGGUGUUGAGUUUCUUCACAACAUCAGGGUGCUGAACCUGUCAUUCAAUUUUAUUCAGAAGAUAAGCAUAUACAACAAGGGUGCCUGCGACACGUUGACUGUGCUUUACUUAAGGAACAACUUCAUUGAAGACACCGCAGGUCUGGAGCGGCUGAGGCAGCUGAGGGAGCUUGACCUUUCCUACAACUGCCUCUCGGAGAGUUCUUCGCUUGCCGGCUUCAAGCAGCUGUACUGUUUGGCCAUUCUGCGCCUUGUGGACAACCCCAUCACUUUCACCCAGAGUACUUCUCAAUAGUUGUGUGCCACCUACACCGCUAAGGCAGUCACAGAAAGAUUCAGACUGGACGAUAGAUCCCUGCCAAAGAAGUUUAUCAAGCCCACCUGCGCCAAGCAGCCGAGUACCAGGGCAGCCGAUGUGCCAGUGCCAAAUCCGGUAAUCUUGGUGCCCUCACUUCAGCCCACGCUUGAGUCGGACGACAGCAGCAGCCUGGCGGGAGAGAUCACGGAGCAGCGUGGUUGCGAGGCAGUGGCCUCUACGUCAGCAUUGACAUUGAGCAGCGAACAGAGUCUCUCCGCGUCUGUGGAACAGGACUGCAGCUCGUGCAGCAGCGUCGAAGCGAUGGACCCCGUGGCUGGUAGAAGGCUGAAGGGAGGCAGGAAAUCCAAGAAGCGCCAGUCCAGCAGGGUGGCGGCCAUCUUAGACCAAGAAGGAUACGCGGCCCCCGUUAAAGAAAGUGGCAGUGUCUCUGCCUUGCGCAAUGACUUUCUCACCUACAAAAGCCAGCUGGAAAGCCGGAAGGAGCAGCUUGGUGAGGAGUGGCUCGUCGGAGUGUCUGCUCUCCAGUUGCCUGAUGCUCAGAGCACACCCUGUGGGACACCGGGCACCUACACCUCGCAUGAAGGUGGCUUUCUAACAGCGAGCAGGAUGGGGUCGUGCGACACCAAGGACACGCACAGCGACUCUGACUCAGGACGUGCAGAAUCGCUCAAGACUGUUCUCUUCAAGGAGCCAGUCGUAACAAAAGUAGAAGGUGUCGCGGAAGAAGCAAAGAACGAUUGUGCCGACGAAGAGGGCCCCCAGAGACGCAUCUCCGAGCUGAGCCAAGGUGUCGUCGUGCUCGACGAGGUGCCGCCAGACCCGUUGGAUGAGUCCAGUGUUCUGUCCCCAAUGGAAGGGUUCAGUUGGACCACGGCCAAGAGCGAAGUUACCCCAGACACUGAAGAAACUACUGAAGACAUGGACAGCAAGCUGUUCCUUGUCCAGAAAUGCAGUGAUGGCAGUGAAACGUCAGUUUUUGUCGGCGUGAAAGAUGACGUGAUGAGGGAGAGCGACAGCCUCACUGGGAAGAUUUUACAGCGCCUGGACCUUAACAUACUGUCUUCCGUGACUUUGCAUGAUGACAUGACUGUGAAGCUCAAGUUUGACACAACUAUACGCAGUAAAAAGGAGAGAUGCUACGUUUUUGACAGCAGCGAAGAUGCAGAGGAAGUUGUGCAACUGCUACAACCUUUUGUGGAGGCUAAGGCUAGGAAGGACCUUUACUCUGAAAUGUUACAGUGCGUGAAAUGUAACGCACAGUUCCCGAAACAGGCAGUCAAAAAAGUGGUCGUUAGCACAACAAAGGACAACAUUACCACAGACGUCCAUGAAUCGGAGAGGUGUCCCCAGUGUGACGGUGAGAUCCUUCUAACGUUGGACACUCCAGAGGCUGUAGACGCACUUUCAUCUCUUGCCACAAGUGCUCCAGAAAACAUAAGCCAAAGUUUGACCAUCAGGAAGGGAUCCGAUGCCUCAUCUUCUGGUAAAGGAGCACAAGACAAUGUUUCUGAGGAGAGCAUCGAGACUGUGACACCUGACCAAUACAGCAGCCUCUACCGACCAGGUUUCCGAAAGAGCGCAAGCGACAUCACCAUCCUCAGCAACCCCAGCCAAAGCAGCAUUAUGGUCCUAUCUACCACUUCUGCUCAUGAUGGUGGUGCAGAAAAUGCGAGAGAAAACGAGAAGACAUUGUCUCCGCCACCUACGGUUGUCCUUCCAACACUAAGGGAAAUUGUCGAGGAACCUGUUCUGAACAUCAGCAGGACGGACAGCAUCAGCAUCGGUCACCGGAGUCGAGCGAGUGCAUCGGACACCAUGCUCUCGGACGCGAGUUUCAAGAGCGCUCAGAGCCAGCCCAAUGUAAGCCUGCAGCUGCCGGACACUUCGGACUCGAGCCGGUCGGAGUGUUCCGUCUCGGCGUGGGACAUGUUCGACAACAGGGAGGACACGGGGCCCACCUCGUUCACCAGCCCAGACCACAGUGUCCUGCUACAUCUGGACGUCAACAUUUUUGGAAGGGACGAGACCUUCGUGUGCUGCGUAGAGGUCGACUUGGUGACGUGGUCAUCCUUAGAAGAGGUUCCAGCACUGCUGGUGAUAUCAAGUAGCAAGGCUUAUUUCUUCAAGAUCAGGAACAACAAGGAAAAGGAAGACCCCGAGUCCUGGCUAGCGCUGCGAGAGUCAAGGUCGCUUGAGAACCUCAAGGUCAUCUCGCUUCUUCUUGGCAACCAGGGCUUUUGCCUCCGAUGGCAGGUUGAGAAAGGAACACUGCCGUGGUACACAUGCUUGGUUCGAGACGCCGACACGUGCAACUGUUUUCUGCAGUGCUUGACAGGAGUGCUGCAAGAAAGAAUGGCCGAGCCACCUUCAGUGGUAAUGGAUGUCAGCGAAAGCUUGGCACAGGUGGCGAAGGAGGUCAUGAAGUGUUGCUCGGAAAAUUUUUCGGAUGAAAGUGGCGAGCAACAGGAGGUGUCACUAUUUGUCAUGGGUUUCUGGAGCGAACACGCGGACAUUGCCUCGCAAGCGGCUCUGAAGCCAGUGUGCAUCGUUAUCACGCAAGACAGCAUUUACAUCUGCAAGGCCAACUUUAUGAAGACACCAAAGGGUUCAACCAAAGCUUGCAUUAUGCGGUAUGAGUCAUUGGCAUGUCAGAGGAUCAGCAACAUUACAGCUGUGCACCUCUACAAGAACGCCAAAAGCGCGAAGUUUACCUUCUUGGACGAGGACACUGGCACGGAAAUGCAGUGGACGAUUGCGACGAGAACUGUGGCGUCACUGCAUUCAAUCCUGAGCACGCUCCGAACGCCGUGGGAGGAGCUCUUUGGUGUGGAGAUGCCUCUGGACAUUGUCGCAGAGUGAAGCCACCAACAUCGGGCCAUGAUUUUACCCCCAACAGUUUUUAAUUUAAAAAUGCUAUUGACCUAUAAGACUUACACGCACACAUUUGCAGAGUGAUGUGUUAAAAGGCUUUACUGUUGACAGUAGCCCUUUGUUAUAAUGCUUGUUAGUUUUUAAUGUUUUUGUGUAAAUGAAAAAAAAAAAUCACGAAAGUAACAUUGUAUAAAUUUUUUUGAGUAAUGUUGCUUGAAACUAUGAAGUUUUAACAAACGUGUCGCUACAAUCUUAAGUUUUAAGGUAUGAGCUCUUAAGUGAAUUUUCAUCGCUGCUUAGUAAUUUGUGAGACAUGUCAAGGGCUUCCUGCCACAAGUAUUCAGAAGGGUGUCCUGCACAUGUUUCUAACUCUGCGUGUGUGUAAUGUUUUUGUCAGAUCACCAUAUACCACACCGAAUCACGCAUACUCCAGAUUCCGGUUGUGACAAGAACUGUCUUUUUUUUUUAUUCUGUAAAUACAAUAAAUAUGACAGUUUUCCUAUAACCCAGAAUCUUCUACCCUCUCUGUUUUGUAAAUAUACAUGGAAAAAUGGUUAAAAACACCUAGAACAUUUGCAUCGGCCGGGCAUGAGUCUUUUUUUUUCUU